AAAAGCGCAGAGCGCACGCACGGGAUCUUUUCAGCAGAAUUUCUUGCUGGUACUCGGUAGUUUUGUGUCGGUUCGGUUUAAUACUAUAUACAUAAUACUGUCGCACACAGUAUUGCAAAUAAUAAGACACGAUGGGUAACAACGUAAGUGCAAGUCCUGUCGCAGCUUUACCGGCAGCAGCCACCACCGAUUCAAAGCUAGCAGACCCGUCGGGCAAAACGGAAAAACCCAAAUGCAAAGCUUGCUGUGCCUGUCCCGAAACAAAACGUGCUCGUGAUUCCUGCAUUAUGGAAAGGGGAGAGGAGAACUGUGGCGAGCUGAUCGAAAAACAUAAACAAUGCAUGCGGGACAUGGGAUUCAACAUCUAAAACUGGCGCGCACUAUGGCCAUUCGAUUGGUAAGACUGAUUGGCUAAGCCUAGUUUUGGCAUCAAAUCUCGCCCCGAGUGCUAAAUUCUUAGAUUACUGCUUCAUAAUGCCCACCCCAUGCAUUGUAAAUAUAGCAACUAACUAGUACUUACGCAUUAUUUAAUUUCAUCUAUUUGAUAUAUUUUGAUUAGU